AUGCAACUCACACUCCUUGCCACUCGCACCGCAGCCCGCCCUUAUCGGUUCGCGACCCAGUGCGCCACGGUCGACAACCCGGACCCUCAGCACAAGGACCAGUACGGCUCGUCGAGCGUCCCCAUCUACCAGACGGCCACUUUCAAGGGCAUGGGCGGCGCGUACGACUACACCCGCAGCGGCAACCCGACCCGCAGCCACCUCGAGCACCACAUCGCCAAGAUCUCGAACGCGCGCCACGCGUUUGCCGUCACGUCGGGCAUGGGCGCGCUCGACGUCAUCUUUCGCCUGCUCAAGCCGGGCGACGAGAUCAUUGCCGGCAACGACCUGUACGGCGGCUCGAACCGCCUCAUCGGCUACCUCAAGACGCACGGCGGCAUCACGACGCACCACGUCGACACGACCGACCCCUCGACGCUCGUCCCGCUCCUGCAGGACCCGAGCCGCAAGGUCGCCAUGGUCCUCCUCGAGUCGCCGACCAACCCGCUCCUGCAGAUUGCCGACCUCGAGACGAUCGCGCGCCUCGUGCGCACCCACCGCCCCGAGGCCCUCGUCGUCGUCGACAACACGAUGAUGAGCCCGUACCUGUGUCGCCCGCUCGAGCUCGGGUGCGACGUCGUGUACGACUCGGGCACCAAGUACCUCUCGGGCCACCACGACCUCAUGGCGGGCGUCAUCACGUGCGACCGCGACGACGUGGCAAAGGGCAUCGCGUUUACGAUCAACUCGAUCGGCAACGGCCUGUCGCCGUUCGACGCGUUCCUCCUCCUACGCGGCGUCAAGACCCUCUCGCUCCGCAUCGACAAGCAGCAGGCCAACUCGGUCCUCAUCGCCCAGUACCUCGACCAGCUCGGCUUCAAGGUCAACUACCCCGGGUUGCCGUCGCACCGCGGCAAGGCCGUCCACGACCGCAUCGCGAGCGGGCCGGGCGCCGUCCUCAGCUUUGAGACGGGCGACGUCGCCAUGAGCGAGCGCAUCGUCGGCUCGGCGCGCCUGUGGGGCAUCAGCGUCAGCUUUGGGUGCAUCAACUUCUCUCAUGUUUCACGUACUAAGCUCUCAUGUUUUAAGUUUUAUAAGCGCAACCUCCCCGAGGACCUGAUCCGCCUGUGCGUCGGCAUCGAGGACCCGCAGGACCUCGUCGACGACCUCGAGGCGGCCCUCCUCGAGGCUGGCGCCGUGCGCGUCGUCGACGAGGCGGGCGCGCGCGCGACCCUCGAGCGCGUCCGGCCCGACGGCGGCGACAUGAAAGCGGUCGAGCUCAAGUCGGUGGGCGGCCAGGAGAGGGUCAAGGCGGGCAGGCCGGCGCUCGAGCGCGUCAUGACGAGCGCGCCGGGCAAGGUCAUCCUGUUUGGCGAGCACGCUGUCGUGCACGGUGUGACGGCCAUUGCGGGCGCGAUCGACCUGCGAUGCUACUGCCUCGCCGAGGCGCGCUCGGACGGCCAAAUUUCGCUCGACUUGCCCGACCUCGGCUACUCGCAGUCGUGGGACCUGUCGACCCUCCCGUGGCACCUCGUCGACCCGGCCCUCACCUCGUCAUCGUGCCUCAAGACGGGCCCCAAGCCCGACCAGGCCCCGUCGACCGAGCUCCUCACGCUCCUCGCCAACCAGUUUGUCCACCAGGACCAGCUCAAGGCGGUCCAGGCCGCCCAGGCCUUCCUGUACCUGUACAUGCACCUCGCGGCCGCGCAGGGCGCUGGCGCCCCUCGUCCGGCGGCGCAGAGCUUCACGGUCCGGUCGGGGCUCCCCAUCUCGGCCGGGCUCGGAAGCAGCGCCGCGUUCUCGGUCGCCGUGUCGAGCGCGCUCCUGUACUCGCACGGCGUCCUCCCGCUCCCGUCGUCGUCGUCGUCGGGCGACGCCAAGGGCGGCAUCGACCGCGCGCACGCCGACCUCGUCAACGCGCACGCGUUCCUCGCCGAAAAGGUGAUCCACGGCACGCCGUCCGGCAUCGACAACACGGUCGCGACGCUCGGUGGCGCCGUCGCGUUCCGGCGCGCCGUAAAGGGCCGCGAGGGCAGGCUCGACGUCAUCGAGCCGCAGGAGGGGCGCGGGAUCCGGUUCCUCUUGACCGACACAAAGGUCGCGAGGGACACCAAGACGCUCGUUGCUGGCGUCGCGAGGAGGAAACUCGAGGAGCCCGACACGAUCAACCCGCUGUUCGACUCAAUCCAGCGCAUCAGCGACUCGGCCCACUCGCUCCUCACCUCGUCGACGGUCGACCGCGCCGCACAGCUCGCCGAGCUCGCGCAGCUCGUCGACCAGAACCACGCGCACCUCGUGUCGCUCGGCGUCGGGCACGCGGCGCUCGAGGCCGUGAGGAGCACGACGAGGGGCGAGCCGUGGGGCUUGGCGACAAAGUUGACGGGUGCCGGUGGCGGUGGGUGCGCCGUCACGGUCGUUCCCGAUGACUUCUCGGACGACUCGCUCGCGUCGCUCCGCUCGGCGCUCGCCUCGUCCGGGUUCGAGACCUACUCGACAACGGUCGGCGGCCGCGGGUUCGGCGUCGUCGCCGUGCCGCCCUCGAGCGCCGAGGUCGACGAGGCCGAGGGCGGCGCCGAGCGCAGCAAGGUGCCCGAGCGGAGGAGGUUCGACGAGUGCGCCGGCGAGGAGCUCGCGAGGUGGGCCGAGGGCGUCGAGGGGUGGGUGCGGGCGUAG